AUGCAUCGAGGUCAUAAUUAUUGUAUUUGGCAAUCCAAGUGCGAAUGCAAAAGCCGGACAGCGUUAAGCAAUCCAUAUUGGGAUUUUCUGUCUUUUAUGGUGCCUAACAUUUCGAGAAAAGUUGGCUUGAUGGCGGAAGAAACCCCAGUGGCAAAGAAUCCAAAGAACAAGACAAAUACUCGUAGGAAUACAGAGUCGCAAUCGUCGACAUCCUCGACAUCCUCGACGACACGAGUCCGUGAUAACCAACGCCGCUCUCGUGCGCGGCGCAAAGAAUACAUUCAUGAACUCGAGCAGCGAUUGCAAAAAUUUGAAAGAGCCGGAGUGAAAGCGACGCAGGAACUCCAGGCAGCCGCAAGGCAAGUUGCAGUCGAGAAUGCGCUUCUGCGGUCGCUGCUGGAAGAGCUUGGUGUUGCAGGGAAAGGUGUAGAAAACUACCUGAAAUCGCAUAGAGACACGAAUACAGCAAACACUGGCCCUAUGCAACUUCAGCAUCCGCCGAAGUUUUCUUUAUCAAGUUCAGCAAGGUUAGCAGAUCAUCAUUCAGCGACUCAUCUUCCUUCAACUGCCGCACCUUCUGCUCAGAUGGAAGUCUCACAACCAAUGCAUUUCUGGGGUUUGCAAACAAUAUCAACUAGGACAACGACUCAAAGUGACCAUAUAGUGCACCAAAACCGCAGUUCUUCUUCAGUGUGCUCGCUGCCAAAGGGAAUUAACCAAUGUUACCGCCAUACAAAGAACUCAUUACAUGAGAUUGGGGUUGGCAGAGUUGACUCAUCGCUAUCAGAUCAUCCAGCAGUGGAGACACAUAGAGACGUUAUCAAUGGCCAAACAUUAGGUGCAGAGCAGCAUGUGGCUCCUGAGCCUGUCAUUUCUGAUGCCGCCGAAGCAAGCGGCCAAGAUACAGGCCAAUAUAUGCCCUGUGAGGCUGCGGCUAGAAUCAUCACGACUAUGCGGGGCGACCGAGCAGAGCAGGAUGUGCGGUCUGAACUAGGGUGCCAUUCACCAGAUUCCGACUGCAUGGUUAGGAACAUGGAUAUUUUUGAAUUGUUAGAUAAACGAUAGAUGUGAGAAUGCACUUUUGAUAUCAUUUUGCCGUGUUCUUUGUUGCUCCUUUCACGGGUAUAGUGAACAGGGUGUGGGCUGUUGCCAUCGAGUGCUUCGCAAGAUGAAAUGCAACAUCAUCCCGCUCGAGCCUCUCCUGCUAAAGUAUACGUUCCAGAUUAUAUCUCGUGUGAGGAAAAAGAAGGACAGAAAAUUCAAAUAGGAUUUUUUUUAGAAUAACAAAACAGGAGGAAAGAAAAGAGAGUAGAGACUAUAAUACAAGAUACAAUCUUCCAUCCAUCGCUAAU